AUGGUCUACUUUGCCCCCAAGUGCCACUUCAAAAACGGUAUCACCGAAUACGCUUCCACCUUUGGUAUCGCCGUUAAACCGGUAGCAUCUGCCGCCAAGAGAGACGCUGUUUCUCAAAUAAAUGAUGGUCAAGUCCAGGCUACUACCAAGACUUUAGCUCCAGCUCCAGUUUCUCAAAUCGGUGACGGUCAAAUCCAGGCAACCACCAAAACUGCCGCUGCUGCUCCAGUUUCUCAGAUCGGUGACGGUCAAAUUCAAGCUGCUACCAAGACUGCUGCUGCCGCUCCAGUUUCCCAGAUUGGUGACGGUCAAAUUCAAGCCGCUACUAAGACUGCCGCUGCUGCCCCAGUUUCUCAAAUCGGUGAUGGUCAAAUCCAAGCCGCUACCAAGACUCUAGCCCCAGCUGCCGUUUCUCAAAUCGGUGACGGUCAAAUCCAAGCCGCUACCAAGACUCUAGCCCCAGCUGCCGUUUCUCAAAUCGGUGACGGUCAAAUCCAGGCUGCUACCAAGACUGCUCAAGCUGUCUCUCAAAUCGGUGACGGUCAAAUUCAAGCUACUACCAAGACGGCACAGGCUGCAUCCCAGAUAACGGACGGUCAAGUACAAGCAACAAAAGUAUCGAACUCGACUACCCCAGCUACCCCAGUUCCAGUUAAUUCCAACGACCCAGUGAGAUCUCAAGCAUGCAAAUCCAGCGGUACUCUACAGAUGAACAUACACAAGGGUAUCCUAACAGAUGGACAUGGCAGAAUCGGUUCUAUCGUUUCCAACAGACAAUUCCAAUUUGAUGGUCCACCACCACAAGCCGGUGCCAUAUAUGCUGCCGGUUGGUCGUUGACCCCAGAAGGUAACCUAGCUAUCGGUGACCAAGAUACUUUCUACCAAUGUCUAUCGGGGAACUUUUACAACUUAUACGACAAACAUAUUGGCUCCCAAUGUACGGAGGUCCAUUUGGAGGCCAUUGAUCUGGUUAACUGCUAA